CUUCGAGGAGGAUCUCGAAGCACUUAGAAAUAUAAAAGCAAACCGUGGCCUCAAGUUCAAUCCAAGCCUUUAUCUGACGUGCCUACAACAACCAACAACCACUAACUAAACUAACAAGUCAAAGCGUGUCUACCAUAGACCUACGCAGUCACUUAUCCAUUACCGUCUCAUUCACCAUCUCACCGUGAUUCACCACACAUCAGCAGAUACCCACGGUCUAGCGCUAGAAUGCACGAGAGCGGAGUGGCGGAGCCUGGAGCGGGCAUGUCGCCACUUUACCCCGGGAAAGACAAAAAGCAAUGCUUGUUUGGAUGUCUCGAACAGACGCAAUUCGACCAUCACAAAUUUGUUUAAAAGGUCUAGCACCAUUGUCAGAGACGGGAGACUUGGUGUACCUGGACGGACACCUCUCUGGCAUCAAGAGCCCAGCACUCAAUUCACUUGCAGUCUGCUAUGCUGAGUUUUCACAGCAGAAAACUUGACGACGCUCAACUCUCAGUCCAAGUUCCAGAUCAAAUGUCGCGGGGGUCACCGACUUCUGCCGCCCGCUGAAUCCGGUCUUGUCGGUGCUCGCGACGUCAUCAGCCAACGAUUCUGGCCCGUGAGGACCCUGUCUCGAAGACUACCCUGUUCGCAUCAACUUCUUGAACUUGCUGCAACACAACGAGGCUGGUAACGUUUCGAGUUUGAAUCAAUGGCAAUGCCUUGAAUUCGAAGGCAUUCAUUUCCAGCCAUGGUCGUCUUGUUGCUUUCAUCUGCGAACAAUCGCCUCACUGUUUCGAUUCGUUAUCAAAGCUAACAAUGAGCUUAUCUCAAACAAUCAUUGCUUAACAUGGCGUCUUAUCAUGACCCCGCCUUUGUGGUGUUGGCAAGGAACCUCGUGAACCACCCAGACCCCCGAUUCCGUGAUAGCUCGGCGAUGCCUGAGGGUGUCUAUUGCCAUCGGUCCGCCCCAACAGCCAUGGUGUUUCAGUUAAUGUCAUGGCUGACUGUGUUUUUCGCUUUCCUCUCCAGCCGUUGCAAAUAUGCGCCUGGAUUAGGAAACCUCCUAGUGUCGAGUGAGAUAUUGUCUCAAAAGCUUCUGAAGUUGGGACUUCAAAUGAUUCAAGCAGAACAUUACAGGAAUGGAGCGGCCUCGGGGGUAAUAAAACCUGACCUUAGAACAAAGUACCAAAGUCAACUGGUUUAAACAUUUAUUAAAAUACACUAAACUUACCCAAGCCUCUUCAUCACUUAGGACAAAAGUCCUAGGUUUUCUUGCUAGUUAUCUAACCAUUCAGAGGUAUCAUGGUCAUGCACUGGUCAUUCAUUCACAGCUUCCGUUCAGACUCAAGUUUAAGGGUUUAAAAAUUCCAUUCGAUAUACUUGUGGCAGCUCUGUAGCACUUGCCAAGCAUAGAGCCUUUUUUGUAACUAUCCCAAUAUCCCUUUGACAAACUGCUAAGAUAAAAAAACACGAUUCGCUCUGCUCUUCGUCGUCGACUUCGCACUCUGCUUGUCGCGAGUCCAGCCCACUUGAGCUCACCAACGCCCUCCAAAGACACUGUAAAUCACACACACCUCCCAUAUAGGCUUAUCAGCCAUGCGAAAUCAAUCAUUCCUCAAAUGCCACAUCGUCAAACAUGAUCCCGUAAUAACACCACAAAAUGGGUGAGGUUCGCUAUCAUCUGUAUGGUACGGUCGUUCUUCUCUGUCUCCAAGACUUUAAAACAAUAAAACAAUAAAAUAUGAUAAAAAGAACUAGAACGCUCUGUCUUCUUCAGUCAUACAAUCAUAGAAGAAAGUCAUAAGAAG